CCUUUUUUUAGAUCCUUUAUUACAGGGUAAAACUCAAUAUGAUAACACAAGCGUCGAACUGUUUCCAAUACAGAAACAAGUCGAAUCAUCUUCCAAUACAAAAAGACAUAUUCGAAUUGCGCCUUCUACAGAAAAACCAGUCAAUAUCGCUAAUGAACCCCUUCAAAGCUUGAACAUGACAGCCAUACAGCAAAUCAUCAUGGCAAUACCCCAUUUAGUACAGAACUCAACUCAAUCCUCAAUACUCUCUAAAGUCCUGGCUACUUAUAUUCAGUAUCUAACAACACUUAAUUCCUCAGCCAUUGCAUCAUCCUCAUCAUCUAUGAAUGCUCUGCCUCCUUCGCCUAGUACAAAUAGCUCCAAUAACUCACCCAUCAAAGAACCUGUUGAUAACAUGCUAAAUGCAGACACAUCUGUUCUACAUACCAUUCAGCCUACAAAGCCCCGUAUGGAAAUCACAGUGAUUGACAAUAUUGCUGUAUGCAUUGCUUUUCUUGUGAAAGACGACAUUGAAUAUCGCAUCAUGCGUCGACUGGACAACAGUUUUAUCAAUGGCACACAACUUUUGAUUGCCGGUGGUAUUGAUACCGAAAGUGAACGUAGCAUGAUUCUCAGUUUUGAAAUGAAUCGUGUGCGUAUGCCAAACAGACAAAGCGUAUUGUUUGGAACAUGGAUUCCCAAUCGUCGAGCACAAGAACUGGCAGCUACAUGCUCUAUACAACACAUGCUAACUUCUUUUCUAGGAGAUGAUGUGGAGCAUUUGUUUCCUUCGCCCUUACCCUCUUUUAUCGCUAACAACAAGAGAAGGUCGAGAAAAAACAGCUUGACGGCGACUGAGGAUACAGCGGCAGCCACUCGAAACCAUCAUUUAGCAGCACUCACCUUGGCUGCUUUAAAAAACCCUGUGGUCAUAUCAGAUCCACACAAGACAGAGAUUGACCGCAUGACUACAACCAUUGACAAAAACAUGCCCUUGACACAUCCCAGUCGAACGCUAAAGUCAACCACAGAAUAUACCCUAAAAGCACCUCAUUUGGGCUAUUUCGAAAACACAUACGAUGACAACGGGAAACAUGUUGUUGUGAUUGACAAGUCUGUCUCAACAACAGUCGACUUGAAUUUCAUUAAACAAGAUGAGAAUGAUAGCAGCGAUGUAGAUAUUGAAACAAUGGAAGAAUUUGAGCAUGAAGGCGAUACAGACACAGACAAUGACAUUGAGCAAGUGCGUAAAGAAAUGCGUAGAGUGAGAGAUGCCGCUAUUGCUGCUAUGGAAUUAGACGAUAUCCUCAAAAUGAAUUAUGCUGAACAUAGAAGAAAAAGCGAUGGCCAAGUCAGGAAUGAUCGACCAAAGAAAAAAAGAAAGGUUUUUUCAGAAACAGAAGACGAUGAAGAUCAUAGCAUACCUUAUCGUGCGUUUGAUUUUCAAAGGAAGAGGCCUGUGGGCUUUAUUAGUGGAGGAGGUAAAUGGUCUGCAAGCACAGGCAAUAAUAACACAUUUAAAUCUUCAAAAAUCAAACGAUCAGCUACUUGGCAUGGUAAGAUGACUCCAACGUCAAAUCACAAGAAGCAGCAAAAGACAGAAACGACGCUGAAACAAAAUACGACUGCAAUCAUACAAAAGCCUUCCACUUCUAAGCAUAAAGCCAUACAAGCAGUCAUUACACAUACCUUGGUGGAUGAAAAUGAUGAAGGUGAUGAAAUUGAUAUCGGUGGAAGCGAUAAUGAUGACGACUUGCGUUAAUCAUGUGCAAUAGCAUGUUAGUAUAUAUAUGAAUUUGUCGAAAAGACUUUAAAUGAAGACCAUUGUGUGAAACUCUUUCUCAAAACCGUUUUUUUAAGCAUCAUCGUUGAAGUCAAGAAAAGGCAUUGUAUUUCUUGUUCUAACUAUAUCAUGCGUAGCAAUUAUAUUCCUUGUAAAUCAAAAAAACAUUAGUAACAUAUUGAUUUGGCUUAGGCUUUUAUUAGCCAAUCAAAAGCCUUAGUAGAAAAAAGAAAGGUCACGUGAU